GUGAUAACUGUCACUGUCACCUGUCUUCUAAGUUCUCGGCGUUCACGCCGGUUCCUAUAGCCUCUUCUCGCUUUUGCUUGCUCGCGUUUGUUUGAUUUGCGUCUAGGGGUUAUUUUAAAUUUUCGCAAUUCUGUGUUGUUUUUGUCAAAGAAAAAGAUCAAAUCCUUGAAAAAUGGCGGCUGCUAUGCCCAUCAACCCCAAACCAUUCCUUAAUAGUUUGACUGGAAAGUCAGUUUUGGUCAAAUUAAAAUGGGGCCAUGAGUACAAAGGUCUACUAGUUUCAGCUGACGGUUAUAUGAACCUUCAGCUCGCCAAUACAGAAGAAAUUGUUGAUGGUUCCUGUACAGGUAAUCUCGGAGAAGUGCUGAUCAGGUGUAACAAUGUCCUUUAUGUCAGAGGUUCAGAAGAGGAAGACGAAGAAGGGGAAAUGAAAGAAUAGAUUAUAAAAUAGUUCUAAGUACUGUCAUCUUGUGUGGUUGUUUGUAUGAUUGACAUACAUUGCGACUUUCCAAAGUGUUAACUUUGUGAUUUAGAUUAUAAGCAACAAUUUCCAUAUAACAUUGGCUUUGAUUUAACUUCAUAUUUAAUGAUAUACCCCAUACAUACUUAAGUCACGUCUUCAUACCUUUUAGGGUAGACAAGGGUUAAAGUUUCAGAAAGAAAGAAACUUCCAGCUGUAUGGUUAAUGAUGGAAUCUAGAUUUUAAUAUAGGUGGUCAGCGCUUACUAGCCCAUCACCUUAAAGACUUUGGAGUAUUAGAUAUUCCCUUGCUCCACAGUAAGAGACAAUCUUAAUCAAUCCUAUUACAUAUCUGAUAUUAGAAAACUAGAUUGGUUCCCAUAAAGACCAACAACCAAGACUCAGGAUAAUCAGGAUUUCUUUUUCUUUAUUUGGCGGACCAAACCGGGAACCUAGUCAUAUCGAUAAUUGUAAAUGUGGUCCAUUACUUUUUAAUUGUUAAUAAAAAAUGAUGUGGUUUUUAACGAUUUAUUUUAAUUAACAAAUAUUUACAGAGAUCACAACAUUAAAAGUCACAAGACCUACAUAGACAGUACAAUAUCAUAUUUUUUCUAUGCCACUUAUCGUAUAGAGUUCUAUCAUGGUGAGACUCCGUGAAGAACGGCCGAGCCGAGGUCGCCGGGACACGCAAUGUGAGUGAGGGUAGCCCACGCUCUCGGCACCAAAGCGGUAGGUAGGCGAUGGGACAACUCAAUGGGACUAGUGAGAUAAACAUUUUUUUUUAUAGUUCAUUGUACUUCUACAAGAAUCAUAAUGAAAGUAAAGCUUCUCACAAGUCUCUGGCAGAUAAAAGCUUAAAUAUAUUUUGAGAAAUAAAUGGACAUUUAAUUCAUUUCUUUAGGUAACUCCUGAAAUAAUGGUAAACUAUAAUGACAGGUUUUUUUUAUUGAAAUAUUCAUUUUUUAAAUAUA